AUGGAUGCGGUGAUUGACCUCUCGGAUGCCUCCAGGGCAUUGGACCUUGCAAAUAUUCGCUCCCAACUCAUGUACUAUUCACUCGGCCUCGUUCGCAUGGAGGACAGCAUAACCUUCCACUUGAUAGAGCGAGUCCAGUUCCCCCUCAACAAGACCAUCUACGUCCCCGGUUCCCUCAACAUUGGUGAAAGCAAGCUCAGCCUCUUUGAUUGGAUGCUGCGCGAGCAGGAGCGCCUGCAGUCCCUCGUCCGCCGCUACCAGUCCCCCGACGAAUACCCAUUCUUCCCCGAGGUCCUCCAAGAACCCAUCCUGCAGCCCCUCAGCUACCCGAAGAUCCUCCACGACAACGACGUGGUGGUCAACGGCAAGCUAAAAGACUGCUACAUCAACCACAUCCUCCCCGCAGCAUGUUUACAAAAGGCCGGCGGGGACAAGGGCGAGUCGCAAGAAAACUACGGCUCGGCAGCGACAUGCGAUGUUCUCACAAUACAGUCGCUGUCACGUAGGAUACACUUUGGCAAAUUUGUCGCCGAGUCCAAGUUCCGGACCGAGACGGAACGCUUUGUGAAGCUGAUCAAGGCCGAGGAUAGACAAGGAAUUGACGAGGCUAUCACAAAUGCCGCGGUAGAGAAGAAGGUCUUGGAGAGACUAAGACUAAAGGCCAAUACCUACGGCACGGACCCUGAUUCUGGUGCCGAUGGGUCCUCCAAGGUCAAUGCGGACGCGGUGGUGGCCAUGUACAAGGACUGGGUCAUUCCGCUCACGAAAGAGGUCGAGGUUGAAUACUUGAUGCAGCGACUCAAGGGCACCGAGUGGGAAUAG